AUUAACAUUCUUCUUCUUCGAAAUGAAUUUGCAGUUUGACAAUGGUUAUUAUGUUUUGGCAGAAUGACAGGCUGCAUUUCAGGCAACCAUGGGUUAUGGGUAUGCAACAAGAGGUUGAGAGGCUCAAAAUAAAAGUCUACGAGCAGGAGAAGCUUCUGAGAGAGUGACAGGCGCUUAAGGUGAGUUCAAAUCUAAAUUGUAACAUGAAAUUGAUAGUUGUUUGUAUAACCUUUGUAACAUAAUGAUUGGUUUGUCUGAUAUAUGUUCAGGAGCAGGUGAGGAUGCUGCAUAUGCGUCUGAUUUUACUUGAGACAGGCCAAAGGAGGUUAGUGUCUAAACGAACAAUUGGAUAUGUCAUAUACUCCCAAGCUUUUAUGAACGCAAUGGAUACACUCAGUAUGAUACAUCAGAGUUUGAAGAAGGAGACUCGAGUAGAAGUUCACAGGUGUAUAUGUCAUAUACUCCCAAGCCUUCAAAUCUCUGUACUAUGCUUGACAUACGGAGUCAAGUUCGUGACCCGCAUAUACAUGAACAAUUGAAAUAUAAUUUGAUUCAAAAUAUUUGGAACAAGUUUGGUAAUGAUGGAGAUGUUUAAUUAUUGUAUGUUUACAUUUAGUCAUUCAAUAAAUAAAAAUUUUAAAUUUAAAUGUUUUACAAAUUUAUUAAUUUUUUUUCUAAUGAUUCCAUAACGGAUAACACCUUUGGAUCAACAUUUGUGAUUAGAGUUCUUAGCUAUUCCAAAAAAAAAGAAAAAAAAAAUUAAUUAUCUAUUGUUAAGGACUCCAAUGGUGAGUCCUUAAGUAAUGUGCUUUAAAAAUGUUCCCGAAGAGGUGCGUUUUCUUCUUUGACCAAGCUUUCUCUUCUGUCAAGAAAUCCUCUGUUUUUGACCCUAAAGAAUGAGACAAGACGAGGAAAACUCCGAGGAAGAGUUCGUAGAGAUUGAUCCCACUGGUCGCUAUGGACGAUAUAAUGAAGUUCUAGGCAAAGGAGCUUUCAAACAAGUGUAUCCUUUUCUAACAGAUCUCUGUUCUUGCAUGAACUUUUUCACAAAAAACACAGUUACAAAAAAUUUUUUUCUUUCAUCAGUGCAAUUCUUCAGAUACAGAGCAUUUGAUCAACUGGAAGGAAUCGAAGUGGCUUGGAACCAAGUUAAGCUAGACGAUAAACUCUGUAGCUCAGAGGAUUUAGAUCGUCUUUACUCUGAAGUUCACUUACUCAAAACCCUUAAACACAAAAGCAUCAUCAAAUUCUACACUUCUUGGAUCGAUCACCACCAACACAUGACCAUCAAUCUCAUCACCGAAGUCUUCACUUCCGGAAAUCUUAGACAGUACCGGAAGAAGCACAAGUGUGUGGAUCUAAGAGCACUAAAGAAAUGGUCAAGGCAGAUUCUAGAAGGGCUUGUUUAUCUUCAUAGUCAUGAUCCCCCUGUGAUCCAUAGAGAUCUUAAAUGCGAUAAUAUAUUGAUCAAUGGUAACCAAGGUGAGGUUAAAAUUGGAGAUCUCGGGCUAGCAGCCAUUCUGCAUCGUGCUCGCUCAGCUCAUAGCGUCAUUGGUACUCCUGAAUUUAUGGCGCCUGAACUCUAUGAAGAAGAUUACAAUGUACUUGUCGAUAUAUACGCCUUUGGAAUGUGUUUGCUUGAGCUUGUAACUUUCGAGUACCCGUAUGUCGAAUGUACAAAUGCUGCUCAGAUUUAUAAGAAAGUUACAUCGGGAAUCAAACCAGCCUCACUUGCAAAAGUUACUGAUCCGCAAGUGAAAACAUUCAUAGAGAAGUGUAUCGCAAAUGUCUCAGAACGCUUGUCAGCCAAGGAACUACUUGAUGAUCCUUUUCUGAAAUGCUACAAGGAAAAGACCGAAAGUGUCACAUAUUACAAAGAAAACGGAUGCAAUGGAAGAGAAGUUGAAGAUAAACCCUCAGAUUCUGCGGUAGGUUUAUUAACCGUAGAAGGUCAACGUAAAGACCUCAACACAAUCUUCCUAAAACUACGUAUCACCGAUUCCAAAGGUCAAAUCCGUAAUAUACACUUCCCAUUUAACAUAGAGACGGACACAUCUUUCUCAGUAGCCAUCGAAAUGGUCGAGGAACUAGACCUAACCGAUGAUCAAGACAUCUCGACGAUCGCUAAAAUGAUUGACGCAGAGAUACAUUCACACAUUCCCGAUUGGAUCCCUUCUGGUCUUAACGGAGAUUAUUCAACCAUGCAAAGAUGUUUAUCUUCUCCUGAUUCGCUGCGUUUAGAUAGAUUUCCCUCAGGGAGAAAAGUCUGGUCCUCUCCUAAAGCUGGAGAUUCACGUUCACCGUUCGCUCAACGUUCUAGUUCUAAGCUUUCGUCGCCUUCAAAAGGACGCAUCAAUGAUAAAGAAGUUGGGAUUGUAGUUGAGAAACUUGAGUCUUUGUUGAGGAAACAGAGAGAGGACAUUGAAAAAAUGCAUCGAGAUCAAGAACGUGUUGUUUGUGAGUUUUUGAAAGAGUUUCCUCCUGAGAUCUGUGAAGAGGCUUUGCUCAGAUUGCAAGCCAUGGAUUCCGACAGCUUACUGUGUUAAAUUCGUUUGUUACACAUGAGUACAUCUCUCGUCAAUAUUUAUUUGGUCUGCAAUAUUAUGUUAUACUACACAAUAAUUAAAAUGUGCUUGGUGCAAACUAUGGAAGUGUGACUAUUAUCGUGUAAGGAUUGUUAUCAUUUUCGUUAGA